UUUUUACUUGUAUGUUAUGAAAUGGUCAAAAUCACAUCUGGAUUCAUCAUUUACCUUUCACUAAGUGCUGCGUUCUUGCGACCCUCUUCGCUGACGGGUAACAACUUGGUUAUUAUUGCCCCCUUGUGGUUGCAGGAAUCCAUUACACCCAGUAACACAAUAUAACCUCCACGUUAAGUUGGCAUUUUAACAGAUGUAGAUUUUUAUAGAGCUGAAGUUCAGCUAGAUGUAAAAAUUGAGUUACAUCUCUCUUCUCUCAUAGAGCUGUAUUCCUGUCUAUCCUGUUCUCAUUCUCCCAUCAUCUCUGGUCCUUUCCUACUACUUCCUGUUCCAGCUUUCCUUCGCUCAUCGACGACCUCGGCUGCUCUUUUCCCCUUUUCUCAUCGUUUAAUCUGUCUCUGUUUUCAUCCCGUCUCAGUCUCUCUUACGCUGUCUGCCUCGUUUUUCUCCCAUCCCGCAGCUUCAUCGUGUUUUAGAAACGUCACAGAUUAAUAUGGGAUUAUGCCCUGGAUGGGUUUUAAUGGUUACAUAAAGACCAGCAGCGCUCCGACCAGAAUAACUAUCUGGGAUUAGAUGCAUUUGCGUGUUUUGCGGGGUAAGACCAGGAGCUGCUGGUCUUACCAGCAAACGGAUGCUGGAAAGCUGAACGGAGCGUUGUACUCUGGCCAGCUUGGAGUGAAGUAGGAUGGAUGUCCAUCUGCUGCUGGCUGAAUGUCGCUGUUUUUAAAUCUUUUUGGAUGCCUUAUCUGCUUGACGUCUUCUACAACUUAAUUUUUUUUUUUACCUGUGAAGGAAGACCUGAGAUCUGCUUCUUGCAUCAAUGCUAUUUCUUUUGAUCGGUUCCAAGAGCGGCCAUGAUGUUCUGCACAACCUUUCUUUCGGCCCCAUGUGAGGAGCUUCUUUCUGAGGGUGGGGUCGGAGGAGGCCGAGCGGCUCCGGCAGCUGCUGCUGGUCCCGAUGCUGCUGGUGGGUUGGGUCCAGGCUGUCUGUCUUCAUUUCACUGCCUGGUCCUCCCUCAGGACGAACUCUACCCGUCUCUUUCUGACUCUGCCUCUCGCAUGGAGGAGCGAGCUCGCAGCCUUGCGGGUAAAAUGCUAGUAGACAUUGGGUUGAGCAGCUGCCGAGCAGGAGAAGGCGGACGGGUUUGGGGCAGGGCGGGAGGACGAUGCGCUCGCUCGGCGUCACCACUACCCUGCUUAACUCCCAAAUGUUUCCGUAAAGCGAGUUCAAGAGGACCUGCGUUGCCCAUGGCGACCGUCGACAUCAAACACCCAGAGAUCAGCAACUCGCAUCGUAUUCACAACAACGCUCCGAUGAACAGCCUCGUGCACGGCUCCUUCCCCAGGAGGAUCAAGAAGGAAAAGGUGAAGAAGAAGAAGCUGACCAAGGCCGACAUCGGCACACCCAGCAACUUCCAGCAUGUAAAUCACAUAGGAUGGAACCCAAACACCGGCUUUGAUAUGAAUAACCUGGACCCAGAGCUGAAGAACCUGUUUGAUUUGGCCGGCAUCUCCGAGGCUCAGCUGAAAGACAAGGAGACCUCCAAGGCCAUCUACGACUUCAUUGAGAAAAAUGGAGGCGUGGAGGCCGUCAAAAACGAGGUACGGAGACAAGGUCCGCCCAGGUGGAGCGCUCCUCCACCGCCUCCACCCAGAGGUGGCCCUCCUCCUCCACCCCCACCCCAACAUGGCUCCGCCCCUCCACCACCUCCUCCUUCCCGGGUGGUCCGGGGCGCCCCGCCGCCUCCUCCCCACUCCCGGCCUCCAGUCUCGGCGCCUCCGCCUCCACCCCCGUCCCGACCGGGUAUGUCCGCCCCGCCGCCUCCGCCACCCAGCCGCGGCGCUCUCCCGCCUCCGCCCGCCCCGGCGCACGCCUCCCUCCCCGUGGCCCCGCCUCCUCCCCCUCCGCCGCCGGCCAGCAACGGCGCUCCUCCGCCCCCGCCCCCUCCGCCUCCUCCCGGACCUCCUCCUCCGCCCUCCAUGGAGGCCAACGGAGGGGAGGGCAAGUCUGCGCUGCUGAGUCAGAUCAGAGAGGGAGCGCAGCUGAAGAAGGUGGAGCAGAAGGAGAGGCCGGUGUCCACCGGCGGCAGAGACGCACUUCUGGACCAGAUCCGACAAGGAGUCCAGCUGAAAGCCAGGGACGAUAACUCCGAACCGACAUCUACUGACGCAGCGCCGACAGCGGGCAUCGUCGGGGCGCUGAUGGCCGCGAUGCAGAAGAGAAGCAAAGCUAUCCACUCUUCGGACGAUGACGACGACGACGACGAUGAUGACGACUUUGAGGAAGAGGAUGAAUGGGACGACGAGUGAAACUUUUUUUUGUCUUUCCUUUUUUUUUUUGCCCUCGAUGACACUAAAAUUUAUCCCAGUCUUUCUAAAAUAAAGUUGAUGACUUCAUAAUUAUAAUUAAAAAUGUUCCUUCAGUUUUCUGUACAUUUUUAUUUCUGUUGCCUUUAUGCUUUUUCUUUUUUAUUAAUCUGUGCAAUACCUCAUUUAAUCUAUAAAUGUUUGUCGGUCUAAUCUUAGAGGUUGUCUAUCAUCGUUUGCUCCAUCUUGUCUCUUGAUAGGAUUAAUUUUCUUCCUUUGUUGCUACGCAGCUCAGACGUCUAUAUUUCCAAAUGUGUUGAUCACGCUCUGUUUGUCAUUUUUCACAUCUGCUGUCUCCUGUCACACACGAUCCGACUUUGCUCCUAUUUUCACCCCGAUGUGCAAUUUUAAACGUCUCUUAAGCAUUUGAGCUGAAUGUUGGCUACUUUUUUUUUUUUUUUCCCUCAGCGCUUUGAGAGGGCUUACAGGAUAGCGAGACAAGUUGCCACAAAAUCUUAUUUGUAUCAUUGUUAGAAAGGGAGAAGAGAAAAAAAAGAGGCUAUUUUCGUACCCGGUUGCUCUGUAGUUUAUUUUUACAUAUUCAAAUAAUUCUAGUUUAUUGAUCAUAUUUUCUUAAAAAAAAAAAGAGAAGAAAAAGACAGCACUCUGGAAUAUUUAGCAUUCAUUCACUGUGGACUGUACAUUUGCUCUAAACUUUGAGUCUUUCUUUGCACAUAUUGAAAAAUCCGACUCGUUGCAGGGAUAGAGAACAUUUUAGGGUUCGCAUCAUAAUUUAAAGUGCACGUGCUUUAAGUAAUGUAGCCAAAUACAUGAGGAAUUGAAAUGGUAGAUCAUUAACACUACAAACAGUAAAGAGGGUAGCCCACAGUGUUAUGUUUGGCUCUUUCUUUUUUUUAUCUCUGCAACACUACUAAUUGACUUUUGUGCUCAUUUGUUUUGUUUUGUUUUUUUUACAGUAGAAAGCAGAGUAUUAAUAAAUACCUGUUCAUUGUAAUCAGGUAAUUCAUCAUGUGAUGCUAAAAUAAAGAUAUUUUAGUUUUGCACACUGAUUCUUAUAAUGGGUCCAUUCUACGUUUCUGUACUGGUCAAACGCUGGCAUAUUAAUUACCGACCACGUAUUGACUGACUACUUUUAAUUAUGAGCGGUAACAUUGGGACAUCUAUGCACAGUCAAUGUGGAAUUAAGUAAGCAUUGAAUUUUUAAGUUUUACCCUUCAAAGUGGAUAUGUCACAGUUAAAUUGUUUAAUUAUUUUGCAUAGCAGUCAUAAAAAUGAAAAAAAUGCGUUUAUUACAAUAUGAGCUGAAUUUCAGAAAUGUAAUUUUUGACUCAGCAGUUCUUACAUUUUUAUUUUUAUUAUUUUGGGGGGCUGUAGAAGAAAAAGAAAUGACGAUGGGUAAAGUUUGUCAUUUGCCAAUUGUAGUUUUAGUCUAAAGUCAACAUAAUGCAGAACUGCUAAUAUGAAGGUACAAAGAUGCUGGUCAUUUUUACCUUCUCCGCUUUUUCGUUGUUGCUUUCAAAAAAACAUAAUUUUAUUUAAGUGUGAAAAAUUGCCGUUUGCCCUGAGGCCUUUUUUUUUUUAAUCAUCAUCGCGGUGUUGUGAAGCCAUCUAGAUACAUUUUAAACACCUAACAAUAGUGCUUGGAUUUUCAAAGUAGUUAAUUUGGAUGUAAGCCAAAAUAGUUUCUCAUGUUUCUGGUUAUAAUGCAUGAAGUUCGACUCGGCGGUGUUUGUAUAAUCUCUUAAACAGAAAGCCAAGUGAGAUGGCCACAUUUGCCUUGUUCCUGUUAGCAACUCAGCUGCUAACCCUGACAACAUUAAAUCUGUUAAUGUAGGGAUUCCAAGUUUUGUAAAGAUGUUUUACUUUUGUUUUUCAGGAACACAGCAUCUUCAGAUUAUAUAAGAUUGGAUAGCCAUUUAGCUAGCUAUAUAGCUACAUAGCUAUCUGUAGCUAUGUAGCUACAUAGCUAUAUGUAACUACAUAGCUAGCUAUAUAGCUAGCUAUGUAGUUAUUUGACUAGCUUAUACACAUUUAAAAUUUGAGCUUAUUCCAAUGUUUUCUGGCUUUUUCAGGGCAACUUAUUUGAGUAAAAUAUGUAUUCAUUUUUGGUGGCUAAAAGACAAGAAUUUUAAUUAUUUGGGCAACAAAAACACAAAGAGAGCAGUCUCACUACUCCAACCCAUCUUUCCCUAGCAACGCAUUAAUUGUAGAAGAGAAUAGUUGGUGUUUGUCAUUAGCUUAAAAUUUGCUAGCAUUUGUUUUGUUCCCGUUGGAAAAUACUCCAUCAAAGGUUAAUGUGUGAGGAGGAGUUUGCAUUUGUUUUGCACGCUGAAUAUGAAGAACCAAAACAUUUUGUUUACAAGAAGUUUCCAAACAUACAUUCCAUAAUAGUCCCUACUUCCUACUUUAACUAUAGGUUAAUUAAAGCAAUUUUUUUCAAAAUCUGGCUUAGGUGUACUGCAAAGAAGUGUUGUAUGAUUAAGAAGUAAUGUCUACCAUAGCUUUAUUCAGGAAAUUAAAUAUUUAAAGUCAAUUGGCCAAAAUGAGGCUGCGUGUAAUUAAAAUCUCAGAAAAUAAUGUACAGUAAAAUGAUGCGUGGGAUUUGAGUUUUCUACAACAUAUUUAAGCCAUCAAAAUAUUUGACAAAAAAAAAAGUAAAGCGAAAUGGCAUGGAAAUUAAUUUAGUUAAAAGUUACAAAUGACACCGCAUAUCAAUAGGAAUAAAUACUGAAACACAGAGUAACAUUUUCAUUCGUAUGAAAAAAAGGUGACUAAAAACAUUUUCUUGUCCCACUAUCAGUUUUUGUUCCUUCUGUUGGGAGCUACUUGGCACCAUAACACACUCCCAGUUCAAUUAGCAGCUCAUGAAACUGAAGAUAUUCCUCUGUUAGUUUUAAAUGACAAUCAUCAGUCAUGUCUGCUCAAGAGUUUUGAAUUGAAAACUACCAUCGCUGUAAUGCUGCCAAGAAACAGCAGCGUAUUCUGAUAGCUUAGCUUAUAGCACACCAGUUCACAGUCCUACAAAAAAAAAAAACAUGUUUCUAAAAUGCUUAUUUGAAACUUUAGUCGUAUCCAGGCAGAAAUAAUAACUUAUCAUCCUUUCCUGCUGGUUUGUUUUUCUGUUGGCAAAAACUGAACUGUCAAUCUUAAAUUUUCUGACGGUGAAAGACAAAGUGCCACUUGUUUGAUUAAAUUAAGAUCUCUGUUGUUGUUAGGUGUUAAAAUAUGCAAAUUCUUUUGUCGGCUUCUUCAGGAAACUGUAAAAAAAAAAAAAAAA